CCUUAUUUUAAAGGAAUAUGGGAAACAAUUACAGAUGACCCUGUAAUUCUUAAUUGGGUGUCUGGAUAUUCACUUAAUUUCAUCAAAACUCCUUGUCAAAAAGAUACCCCACUUAAUAAUAAAUUUUCUCAAUCUGAGACAAUUCUUAUUAAAAAGGAAAUUGAUGAAUUACUUAGAAUUAAGGCUGUUGAAAGUUGUAUACCAACACAGGACCAGUUUUGCUCAUCCAUAUUUUUAGUACAGAAACCAAAUGGAGAAUACCGUUUUAUUUUAAACCUUAAAAAACUAAAUCAAUUUAUGCUACCUGAACAUUUCAAAUUAGAAGAUUACCGUACAGUUUGCAAGUUAUUACAGAAAAAUGAUUAUAUGGCAACAAUAGAUUUAAAAAAUGCUUAUUACAUGAUAAACAUAGAGCUUAAAUACAGAAAAUACCUCAGAUUUUAUUUUGAUGGCAAAUUAUACCAGUUUACAGUCCUACCAUUUGGUCUCUGUACAGCACCUUUACUGUUUACAAAAAUUUUCAAACCCAUACUCUCUGUAAUAAGAAAAAGAGGAAUAAGAGUGGUACAAUACCUUGAUGAUACCUGCAUCAUUGCAAAAUCAUAUUCAGAAUGCAAAAAUCAAGUAAAUUACAUUCUUAAUCUUUUUGAAAACCUGGGUUUUUUAGUAAAUUAUAAAAAAUGUAAUAUUAUACCUAAAACAGAAUGCAAAUUCUUGGGGUUUAUUUUCAACAGUGAAUAUAUGAUAAUUUCAAUUGACCAGGAAAAAAGACAGAGAUGUGUAGAGUUACUUUCAAAACUUAAACAUAAAAUUUCAAUUAGGUUUUUAGCUCAAGUUUUAGGAACACUAGUUUCUGUUUGUCCUGCCAUUAGAUAUGGCAUGUUAUAUACCAAACAUUUAGAAAGAAUUAAAUAUUUAUCACUUUUGUCAAGUAAUGAUAAUUUUGAAAGCAUCAUAACAUUACCUAAUAGUUGCCAAGAAGAUAUAGCAUGGUGGCUUACUAAUAUAAAAACAGCUAUGUGUCCUAUAAGGAAAAAUAAAUUUGUUUUAGAAAUCGAAACUGACGCGUCGCUUACAGGAUGGGGUGCAAGAUGCAAUAACAAAACUGCUAGUGGCCCAUGGACACAAGAAGAGGCAAAGCUCCAUAUUAACAUGCUAGAACUUCAUGCAGCAUUCUUAGGUUUAAAAUGCUUUGCUAAAGACAAGCAUGAUUGUGAAAUACUAUUGAGAAUUGACAACACCACUGCGAUAUCAUAUAUAAAUCGUUUAGGUGGAAUCCAACACCAACAUUUGCACAAUAUUUCAAAAUAUAUAUGGCAGUGGUGUGAAUCGAAAAACAUCUGGAUUUAUGCCUCUUACAUAAAUACUAAGAAUAACUUAAUUGCAGAUUUUGAGUCCCGAAAGAAAAUAGGUCAUACAGAAUGGGAACUUGGUAACAAAUAUUUUAAAAAUAAAUAUACAACUUGUGAUAAUUUAGAAUUGUGUUCAAAAAAGGCUGUAACUCUUUUAGUUUUAGCUACAGGCCAUAGGGCCCAAACAAUAUGUGCCAUUGAUAUAGAUAAUAUUAAAAUUGAGACUGAUUUUGUGUUCAUACAAGUAGAUAAGAUUCUUAAAACAUCUGCACCUAAUAGGAUGCAACCUUUUAUUAAGUUACCAUUUUUCACAGACCGACCACAUGUCUGUCCGGCUAAGGCUGUCAUUGAUUAUUUGAAUAUAACUAAAAAUAUUAGAGGUGAUUUUAAAAACCUAUUCUUAUCAUUUAAAAAACCUUAUAAACCUGUAACUGUCAGUUCAAUCAGCCGUUGGAUAAAGUCUAUGUUGCAGGAAAGCGGUAUAAAUAUUAACACAUUCUCUGCACACAGUACCCGACAUGCGUCUACCUCUGCAGCACUUCAGAGGGGUGUCUCUAUUGAUGAGAUCCGAAGAACGGCUGGCUGGACUGACAGCUCAACUUGCUUUGCUAGGUUCUAUAACAGACCUAUACGCAGUGAAAGCUUUACAGAAGCAAUUCUUCGCUCUUGAACAGGGAUUAAUUAUUAAGUAAAUAAUAUUGUCCAUUAAGUUAAGUAGUACUUAUAACUUAACAGAAAAUUAUUAAAAAGAUCUGAUUGUACAACA